GUCAGAGACUAGAAAUGAAAGCACAAGUUGCAGACGCAUUCAUAGCAAAAUUCCAACUGACACCGGAUGAAAUGAACCUCCUUCGAGGCACAAAAGAUGAGCCAAUUACUGAGGAUUUUUUCAAGGCUUUAGGAAGAGUAAAGCAAAUUCACGAUGAUGUCAAGAUUCUCCUCCGGACAAAUCAGCAAAGGGCAGGCUUGGAAAUUAUGGAACAGAUGGCUUUACUGCAAGAGACAUCUUAUGAACGACUUUACAGAUGGACUCAGAAUGAAUGCAGGACUUUGACACAAGAGUCAUGUGACAUUUCUCCAGUUCUCGCUCAAGCCAUGGAAGCCUUACAAGAUAGGCCUGUCCUGUAUAAGUACACUUUGGAUGAGUUUGGAACAGCUAGGAGGAGUGCUGUAGUCCGUGGCUUUAUAGAUGCUCUUACUAGAGGAGGUCUGGGAGGUACUCCCCGCCCUAUUGAAAUGCACUCCCAUGAUCCUCUGAGGUACGUAGGAGACAUGCUGGCCUGGUUGCAUCAAGCUACAGCUUCCGAAAAAGAACACCUAGAAGCUAUGUUAAAGCUUGUAACUAUUCAAG